AUGUGGUACAAAGAUACGGCAGGACACAUGGAUGAAUUCAAACCUCAAAACAAUCAGGGGCUCAAAAUUCGUCAUGAACUAACCAAAAACAGCAACAUUUUUGAAAUGAUGGGGCCCAUUCACAGUGACUUUUUCAAUCAAGAUCGAUUUCUGUUAAAUAACGUGGAGAUGCGUAUCAAGCUCACUCGCCAGCGCGAUCCCUUCGUGCUCAUGUCACAAUUUCAAAACGAAAAACUGAUCAUUUUAGAUGCAACACUUCUCGUACGAAAAGUUCGCAUUUCACCCACAGUGCUUCUUGGACACGCAGCAGCAUUAGAAAACUCUCCCGCAAAAUAUCCACUAACCAGAGUGGAUUUGAAGACCAUAACCAUUCCAGCAGGACUUCAAGACAAAACCAUUUCAAACUUGCACCUGGGUCAAAUUCCAAAGAGACUCAUUAUUGGAUUUGUCACCAACCAAGCCUUCAAUGGGCACUACCAGAGCAAUCCUUUCAAUUUCCAACAUUUUAAUCUAAACUAUUUAAGCUUGUAUAUUGACUCCCAACAAAUCCCGGCUCAACCUCUUACACCAGACUUUGCACACAAUUUACACAUAGACGCAUACAACACAUUGUACAGUGGCACCGGCAUACAUUGGAAGGACGAGGGGAACGACAUUACGUACGCAGAAUAUCCUCAUGGGUAUACUUUGUACGCGUUUGACAUCUCCCAAGAUUUAUCGGCAAACGAAAGUCACUGGAACCUUCAACGCCAAGGCAUUGUUCGAUUGGAAGUCAAAUUUGCUACACCACUAACAACAGCAGUAAAUUGUAUCGUUUUCUCGGAAUUCAACAACCUCAUCGAAAUUGAUAAGAAUCGAAACGUGGUCGUCGAUUACGGCGUUUGA